CUGAUUGCUGCAAAGACGUCGUCGUCGUCGCAUCCGCCAUCGCCACUUCGGGGCUGGGCUCCUCCUCCGAAUUCCACCCUGCUCAUCUCAUUUUCUUGUGUCGAUCCACCCAUCUGUACCUGACCCCAGAGGACCCAAAAUUUCUAUUGUUCGCUUUCGCAAGGGGAGACGAGAGCGGAGGCCAUGGCUGCCAGAGCUUUGUAUACCGUAGGGUUUUGGAUUCGGGAGACCGGCCAGGCGCUGGAUCGCGCCGGAUGCCGCUUGCAAGGGAAUUACGUGUUCAGGGAGGAACUGUCAAGGCAUAAGACAUUGUUCAACCUUUUUGACAAAAAGCCCGUUGUUGCUGAAGACGCAUUUGUUGCCCCUAGUGCAUCCCUCGUUGGUGAUGUCCAAGUUGGACCCAAGUCCUCUAUUUGGUAUGGCUGCGUACUGAGGGGGGAUGCAAGUGGCAUAAGAGUCGGCUCUGAAACGAACAUCCAAGAUCACUCUCUUGUGUCCGUUGGUGGCUCUCGGUUUGGCGGUGGCCAUGCACCCGCUGUAAUUGGUAACAGGGUCACUAUAGGGCAUAGUGCAGUGAUUCAUGCGUGCACUGUGGAGGAUGAGGCGUUUGUGGGAAUGGGUGCUACUCUUAUGGAUGGUGUGGUCGUAGAAAAGGGUGCAUUUGUGGCUGCAGGAUCGCUAGUCACUGAGAACACCCGCAUUCCUGCUGGCCAGAUCUGGGCUGGAAAUCCAGCUAAGUUCCUAAGAGAGCUAAAAGGCGAUGAAACCUCGUUUAUCCCCAAGUCUACAGACAAUUAUUCAGAGCUGGCUGCCGCACACGCUGAGGCAAAUGUCAAGAGCUUUCAGGCGUUGACCACUGCCCCAGAAGUGAAAACUGAGGAGCCGACUCCUGAGCUGAGUCCCAAUGCAAAUCCAGUGUCUCCUAGUUAAACUCCCGGCAAAUCCAUCCACGAAUCAGCUUGUCAUCAGCAUAUUAUCUUCAGAGGCUUGUUCAAUUGAGAGAAAUCUGGGCAUGGAAGGAGUUGUACUUAGUUAUUCAGGUCCCACAAGUAGCAUCAUUUGAUGGGACUACGUAGGAUUUUGUUCCCUAUACGUUGGUCGAGGCUUAAGCAUGGUCGAGGUUCCUACAAAUUGUUGCCGCAUCUUCUACUGCAUUGUUGAGUCCAAUAUGCAAUCAAUAAGUUGCUUUCAAUCAAAAUAGAGGUGUGGUUUGUAUGUGA